AUGCUAAAUGCCUUAAAUGUUUCACUGCCUUAAGGAUAAAGCUAUUAACUAUUUAAAAAUGAUAACGGACACUAAAUUUCAGCUUAAACGUUCAGUACAAGCAACGGAUCUUCUCAACACGUUUCUCACGGAGGGGUAAAAUCAGCCAAUCAGAAGGCUCGUUUCAUGGUAGGUACCCGGAUGUACCCGUCAGGCAGCCAGCUACGUCAUUGUUCACCGCCGGACACCCGCUGGAAAUACGGAAUGGAUUUAAAACUGCCAUUAACGAGUUUGUAAAAGAUUUCAGCUAUGAACAAUGACCAUAGUUGACAGAUCUUCUGAGAAGUCUGACCACGAGUCAGUCGGAUUUAACCGGUCCACCUUCACCAGUGGAGACAUCGGGAUGGAGGGCAGUUGCUCCAGCAGCUGGGCGGUGGGGCCCACCAUGCCCUGCGACUCCCCGAGACUCAAGUCUCCCGGAGGCUGUCUGGGUCCAACUCCUGGUGCCGCUGUCUACAACAGCACGCCGUCCUCGGUGGAUCGACCCAAGGACCAAGUUGUUAGCAGCAGUGAUGGAAUCGAGCUCCCCCAAAAGAUCCUGUUCCCUCCAGAGCGGCUCAGCCUGAAGUGGAACCAGGUUCACCGCAUCGGCGCCGGUCUCCAGAACAUGGGGAACACCUGCUUCCUCAACUCGGCCCUGCAGUGUCUCACAUACACGCCUCCAUUAGCCAACCACAUGCUGUCGCGGGAGCACUCCAAGUCAUGUCAAGAGCCGGGCUUCUGUAUGAUGUGCACCAUGCAGAACCACAUCAUUCAGGUUUUUGCCAACUCAGGCAACGUCAUCAAACCCAUCGGUGUCCUCAACGAGCUCAAACGAAUUGCAAAGCACUUCCGCUACGGAAGCCAGGAGGAUGCACACGAGUUCCUGCGGUACACGGUGGACGCUAUGCAAAAGUCCUGCUUACCUGGAACCAAAUUGGACAGGCAGACGCAGGCAACCACCUUCAUCCAUCAAGUAUUUGGCGGCUACCUUCGAUCUCGAGUCAAAUGUUUAAGCUGCAAAGCCGUCUCGGACACAUUCGACCCUUUUCUGGACAUCACUUUAGAAAUCAAGAUGGCGCCCAGCGUGUCCAAAGCUCUGGAGCAGUUCGUCAAGCCGGAGCAGCUGGACGGCGAAAACGCCUACAAAUGUACAAAGUGCAAGAAAAUGGUCACUGCCUCAAAGAGAUUCACGAUCCACCGCAGCCCGAACGUGCUGACCCUCUCGCUCAAACGCUUCGCCAACUUCACCGGAGGAAAAAUCACAAAGGACGUGAAGUAUCCAGAGAGUCUGGACCUGCGGCCUUUCAUGUCCCAGUCUCAAGGAGAGCCGCAGAACUACGGAUUAUACGCCGUUCUGGUUCACUCUGGGUUCAGCUGUCACGCUGGACACUACUUCUGCUAUAUUAAGGCCAGCAGCGGUCAGUGGUAUCAGAUGAACGACUCCUCCGUGUCCGUGAGCGACAUCCGCUCUGUCCUCAACCAGCAGGCUUAUGUUCUCUUCUACAUCAAAACCUCAGACAUGAAAAAAGUUGCUGACUACAGCGGCUCGAGCCGCAGCCCGAGCAUCUCCGGUCAGUCGUCUCCGCGUCCAGUCGUGACGCCGCGCAGCAACGCCAUCCACCACAACAUGGGCUUCAUCGGUCCCCAGCUCCCGCCGCACGCCGCCAAGAGCGCCGUCCACGUUAACGGGAACGGAGCUCAUAAGGACUUCCCCGGCAGCUCCAAAGGCACCAGCAGCAGCGUGCUAGGAAAGCCCGCCCACGUGUUGCCUUCCUCCUCCUCCUCCUCUUCCUCUUCUGUCUCGCACUCAGUCAGCCGACCCACGAUGAUUCCAGACCAGGACAAACGACAGAGACUUUCAUUUUUCAUCGGACAGGGCAAACAGAACCGGCCGUCGUCGUCUUACAGUCAGUCGUACCCCGCAAGCUCCUCCGGUUCUUUAUCUUCCUCACACUCUACCUCAGACAUUCGAUUUGUCCCGCGUCAACUCAACCACGUAAACGGCGCCGCGUGCAGUAACGGAGAUCAGCCCGGCGAAGGGAAUGGAGCGUCCCUCUUGGUGCCCUACAGCCAGGAGUCUUCGGAAGAAUCCGACCCGGAGAACGCCGCGUCUCUGGACAACGGCUGCUUACCGAGAAGCAAAGGAAGCGGCGCCACAGAAGGUAUCGGCGCCACCUCUCCGAACACCACCAACGGGGACGCCGGCGCUCGCCACAGCGACGGUGAACUCAACGGACCAACCUGCGGAACGUCCAACCAGAACGGUUACGGACACCACAAAGUGAACGGACACAAGGCUCCGGAGAAGGUGUCGGGAAGUUCAUCCUCUGUGACGGCUGCUGUUAACGGAGUCGAUGGAGGCCACGCUCAACCAAAUAAAGACGCAAAAGUUCCUUCCUCCCAGUCCGGUUCUUUCCAGAACCUCCAACCUGCUGCUAACGAAAGCCAGCGCUUCCAGGCCGCUGAUGCAAGGGCUAUUCCGCUGCCUGAACCCCCGCCCCCCCACAACGCCGUCAGCUCUCCGCCGUCGUCCACCAAGCCCCCCUCCGCUGCAGACGCAGAGCCGGCUUCGUCGUCCGCCCAGCAGGUCUGCUCUCAGAGCAGCAGCGGGUUGUCUGCAGCCGCGCAGCAGCACGGCAACCAUGAGGACGGCGGCGAGAGAACAAACGGUCCGGCGGCGGAGACCGAAGGAGAAACGGGAACUAAAGAUCCCAAAGCGAGUUCCAGAGGCGACGACAGGCAGUCGACUCGCGACAGAGACCGAGUGCACUCUGACUACGGCAGAGACCGCAGGAGACACUACAGGGACAGGAGUCCACGCCGCCAAACCGACGGGGAUCAUUACCGGUACCGGCGAGACUACAGAGACUACCAUCACUCGUACAGGGACCGCUUCCCUCCCCACGAACGGAGCUACAAGGACUGGGAUCCCGAGCGCCACUGGGACCGGAAGUUCUUUCACCCCCGAGAGUACGACCGCUCCUCGCGGCGCUCCUACCACCACGGCCACUACUACCACCGAUCCGACACGGACUACGAUCGGAGGGGAUACCACUACCCCCACCGCGACGAGGCCCCGGGCCCCUGGAAGUGGCAGCAGUACGGCCGAGAACCCCGCGCCAUGAAGGACAAGAGGAGCACCUGGGAGCGGGAUCACUGCCGCUCUCGAGACAGAAGCUCUUCGCCCGACGCGCUCCGGGAACCCGACAGGUCCAAGGGCUCCCCCAGCCAGGAACCCCCCCCAAAGAGGGACGAUCACAGUCACAAGAGGGAAGACUGCUCUGAGGUUCACCGCUACCGGAAACACAAAAAAAGCAAGAAGAAGAAGUCGAAAGAUAAAGACCGACACCACCGGAGCGGAAGCUCAGACGUGGACUCCGAGAGCCGAAGGAAAAAGCGGAAGAGGCGGCGGCACCGUGACAGCGACCCCGAGCGGCGGAGUUCGGACGCGGCUCGGAGCCGCGACGACAGAAGCAGCGACGAAAGGGAAAGUCGAAAACGGCACCUCGACGGCAGCCCCCUGUCGGAGAAACGGCGCCGCACAGACCCCAGCAGGGACCAUCCACCGCCACCGUGUCACAGCCCCCCCUCAAACGCUCCAUCCUACCGGCACCUCAACGGACACUCGGAAAACGGAUUCGGCAGAGACGACUUCUACUCCCACUGACUUCCCGACUCUAUCCAUCGACGCCCUUUUGACAACAGCAGAGGAAUGAUAGACAUUUUUUGAAGUGGUGCUUUUUCACGGGGAAUAUCUAGAAAAUUUUAAACACAACUUUCAAAAAAAAAAAAAUUUUUUUUUUCUUUUUAUGUGAAUUUAUUUGAUGUAUUUCUCAUAACUACGGUUAAAAAUGAAAAGAAAAAAACUUUGAUCAGUUAAAACAUUUAUUGUGAAAAAUAUUAAUAUAUACCUGUCGGAACCCAAACAAAGAAAGCCUGGAGCUUCAAGGUUUCAGCUGCUGCUCGGUGGAACUCAGGACUUCAGUUUUCCAGCUGCUGAAUCAAAACUAAGGAGAGCGAGCCGCUCAAAGCAAAAGGAUGUCAACGCAUUCACAGAGCUGCAAUAUUUCCCAUUCGUCUUCGAAGCGCCACUGGGCGCAGCCGAGCGAACAGAGGGAACUCCGGCGAGGCUUUGCUGACUGAUACCUCCACGUGAACCCUGGACAGACUUGAGAUCAUCUCUCAGCUUUUUUCUUCCCAUCUUUGUUUCUCUGAAUCCUCACUCUUAUAUUUUUAAACCUUUUCACUCUGCAUCCUCUUAUUUUAGAUAAAAAAGAUGCUUUCUUUUUUUGUUUUUUGACUGUGGACCAUCUGUGUUAGCUUUUAAUGACAAAACAGUC